AUGUCUGCUGCUAUGCAAGCGGUCCCUCAGUACACCCCCGCCCAAUCCGCCACUUUUACUCUGCCAUCCCAUCAAGGCCCCGCGUCGCCUUCGCACCUCGGUCAUGCGCAGCACUUCCCCGAGCGCUCGUCUCGCUCCACGCAGCGAACGCGACCGUCCACCGAUUCGCACGGCGCUACUACUAUGAGCACUCCACUAAGACUUCAGCAGCCAUCUUCCGUCCCGGUCCCGACAGCUUCUUCGGCUAUGAGCGACCUCCAAUCGCAGUCGUUGCCUCGCGCUACCCAUGCUUCUCCGGCCAUGACACCCGUGGCGCCUUCGUCCGCCCAAAGCAGCAAUCGAUCACCCAUGUACCCGGAUCUGCUCGGCGAACCGCCCGUCCCUCCACCGAGAACCUCGUCGACCCAUCGAAGCCACCAGAGUUCCAACGAGAGAGUGUCGAGCUCACGACAUGGAAAGAGCAGAGGUGACGACCGAAGCGCAAAUCAUCGCGAGAGGAGAGGGGACGACUCCCGUUCCCGUCGGCAAGCCACGAGAGCGCCCGAGGAUCCCUCGAGGGGAGCUGAUAACCGGAAUCCACCCGCCGCGACGCUCGAGCCGUCGCAGCACGCAGAAGACCGUAUGGAGGCAUACCCGGGUCAGGGGACUUUGGUCAAGGAGUCCAGUACCGUGAUCAACCAGGUGCUGGUGAGCGACCCUUCGGUGGACAUUGAGCGAGAACAAGUCCGACAGACUGGCUCGUCGGUAUCGCCGCCCCCCGAGGCCGCUCCGCCUUCGGGAGGUCUAGCUCUGGUGGGGAGUGAUGGUGUGGACGACGGAGGUCGCGGCGGGCUGCGCAGUCGACACGACUACACCGAAAAUACGAUCAAGCGCAAGGAAACGACUUUCGGUCAGUAUAUCUUGGGACAGACGCUCGGAGAGGGCGAGUUCGGCAAAGUCAAACUGGGGUGGAAGCGCGACGGUACCAUUCAGGUGGCCAUCAAGCUCAUCCGAAGGGAGACGCUCGGCUCGAAUCCCAGUCGAUUGCCCAAGAUCUAUCGGGAGAUCUCCAUUCUGCGGGACCUUGCGCACCCGAACAUCGUUCGGCUCCAUGAAAUGGUGGAGACAGACCGACACAUCGGUAUCAUCAUGGAGUACGCAUCCGGCGGCGAGCUCUUCGAUCAUAUUCUGAACAAUCGGUACCUCAAAGACAAUGCCGCUCGGCGUCUCUUUGCGCAGUUGGUGUCCGGUGUCGGGUAUCUUCACAAGAAGGGUAUCGUGCAUCGUGAUCUGAAGCUAGAGAAUCUGCUUUUGGAUCGGAACCGCAACAUCAUCAUCACCGAUUUCGGUUUCGCGAACACGUUUGACCCGGUUGAUGAAUUGGGCGAGGAGAUCGAGUACAACCUGACGAACAAGGAUUACGUGAAAAGAAUGCGCCUCGAUAAGACCAACAACAAGGGCCUGCGACGGGGUGACCUGAUGCAAACCAGCUGUGGCAGUCCGUGCUAUGCCGCUCCGGAGCUGGUGGUGAGUGAUUCGCUGUACACGGGACGUAAAGUCGAUGUCUGGAGUUGCGGUGUCAUUCUCUAUGCGAUGCUGGCCGGCUAUCUACCUUUCGAUGACGACCCCGCGAAUCCUGACGGCGACAACAUCAACCUACUCUAUAAAUACAUUGUCACCACUCCUCUGACUUUCCCCGAAUAUGUCACGCCGCAUGCGCGUGAUCUCUUGAGGCGGAUCUUGGUGCCCGACCCACGGAAACGAGCGGAUCUUUUCGAGGUUGCACGACACAGUUGGCUGAGCGAAUACUCGCACAUCGUCUCGCACAUCACCAGCAGCACGACGAAAGUGGCCGAUAUCGCUGGCACGACGGUUUCCAACGACAAUCGCAAAGAGGCCCCCACGCUGGCACGUAGUGCGUCUGUCAGAGAACCGCCCAAGACGUACCAAAACUCGAUUCCUUCGUUGGGUGGACUUGUUCACCACUCUGGGGACAUCUCCCAAGAACAGUCAACGGAUCGGUCCAAGACCCCCCGGGACACGAAACGGCGAACAGUUCAGGUUGAAUACGUCGCUCCUCAGUCUCAGACAACUAGAGGGGAGACUCCCGGUGACGCCGAGGUGCCUGUCGCAAGCUCAUCGCGAGCGUUGGAAACGGCGCCGACUCGAGCCCGAUCUAAUAGUGUGCAGCAGGCGCCUGAGGCGCCGAAGGCCAAGCCAUCCGUUGAGACGACUCCGGCCCCGGGACACUUCCCUCGCUCGACGUCAGAUUCGACAGCGCUUACCGGCGCAGGGACCAUGCCUCCUCAUGCCGCCCGACCCGCCACCGGAGCCUCCAUGGCGUCCUUCAAUACCGGCCGUUUGCCGUCGCGAGGCUCCUACGGACAACCCGUGGCGCCGACGGUUGCGGCAACGAAUGCCCAGGGCCGAUUGGCGCAGCCCAAGAGCAAGCAAUACGUUAUUUCUGCCCCCAUUCCUCAGGACCCGUCGCAACCCAGCCCGACAUCCAUUGGACGCCCGAGCGCCCAGCAGCUACCGGCCAAAUUCAACACGACGCCCCGGCAAGAGCCCCCCAAGGGUCACAAGCGAUCGAACACGGUCUCGGGCAUUGGCGAAAAACUAUUUGGACGGUCCGGGUCGAUCUUUGGAGGCCGAGGAAGCCAAACCAACAGCUCUCGGCAAAAGAAUGGCAAGCGCUAUCCUCCCACCAGCAUGCGUGAUCCAUAUGCGGGUGAUGAGAGCCGGAUGUCCGUGGACUCGCGGCGUUCGAUUCAGUACGGAUCCAACCGGAAGACGAGUGAGGCGGGCGGAGAAAGCAGACCUCGCCGGUUUUCCCUCUUGCCCGCGUCAUUCUCCCUGAAGGGGUUCUCUUCGUCGAGUCGAUCCCAAACGCCAGAUGACGAGUUGCAAGCCGAGCGGAUGCAACAGCAAAAUUCGUCGUCCGGAGCGAUACGACCACCCCGCACACGAGCUACCAGCUAUGGCACCCAGGACGCGAUCUCGAUAAUGCCUGAAGGGGGUCUAGCAGAUGACGGCAUUGCAAACCAAGAACCGGUCAACUAUCAAGCUCGCAUUGAUCAGCAGUUUGCCGUGCUUCAUGGCCCCCAGUCCGGAUCGCACCAGGCGACGUCUUACAGCGCCUCAGCCGAGCAGGUCUAUCCGAGCGAAAAUGACCAUUACUACCGGAACCAGUAUGCCAACCACUCGGCCCCCAACUACUACGAUGAGUACAACAGCCCGCAUGAUAAUUCGUCCCGCCAGUCAGUGCAGGCUGGUCGGUCCGCACGCGGGCCAGGAGUGCUCCAAAAGAACCACCGAAAAUUCGCAGACGCCUACGAAUCCGAACGCGAUCUGUCACAUCACCCGGGCAGCUCUGGUGCGGCUCGCAAGGUCAUGGAUUUCUUCCGUCGACGAGCCAAGUCGAGAGCUGGAGAUGACCGGUAG